UCAGUGACUGUGUCAAUGGCUGCAGAUGCGUCAGAAAGGAAGGCUCUGAGAUACAAGCAAACCCUGUUCUGGAUGUCUGCUGUGGCCACCACCAUGCCCAUUCCAUCUGGAGCCUUCAUGCCAGUCUUCAUACUGGGAGCUGCGUUCGGCCGGCUGGUGGGGGAGAUCAUGGCGACUCUGUUUCCUCAGGGGAUCGUGUUCGAUGGCAUCCUCUACCGCAUCAUCCCCGGAGGGUACGCAGUCAUUGGAGCGGCGGCGUUGACCGGUGCGGUGACUCACACGGUGUCCACGGCAGUUAUAUGCUUCGAGCUGACAGGCCAGAUCUCCCACAUCCUGCCCAUGAUGGUGGCAGUGAUCCUGGCCAACAUGGUGGCUCAGGGCCUGCAGCCGUCCCUGUACGACUCCAUCAUCCAGGUCAAGAAGCUGCCCUACCUGCCGGAGCUCGGCUUCGGUCACAUGAGCCAGUACAACAUCUUCGUUGAGGACAUCAUGGUGAGAAAGGUGAAGUUCAUAUCCUCUCAGUCCACCUACCGAGAAGUCAAACUGCUGAUGGACUCCUCCUCGCUCAAGUCAAUCCCACUGGUCGACUCAAAAGAGUCCAUGAUCCUGCUGGGCAGCAUCGACAGGCUGGAGCUCCUGGCUCUCUGUGACUGGUGGUUGUCACCGGACAGGAGGCUCCUCAUGCAGGAGGAGCAGAACCAGUCUCAGAAACACAGCUGGGAGUCCUUCGCCUUCGUGGACGAGGAUGAGGAGGAGGAGGAAGGAGAGAAGGGCAGUCCAGUCCAGGAGGAGAGGAACGGCCCGCUGCCUCCUCCCAGAGCCCAGGAGCCGUCCUCUAACCACACCACUCCCAGUCCCGAGAAAGGUCCUCUGCAGUCCGUGAGGAAAACCCUGACGAGUCUCUUCACCUCCACCAGCAGACCGACUGAGGGGCAGGCGCAGGAGCCUCGUCCUCCUCCCCUGUCGGACACAAUGACUCCAGAAGAGAUCAAAGAGUGGGAAGAGGGCGAGAUGGACAAGCCGAUGGAAAUCGACGAGAUCCGAGUGGACCCCUCCCCCUUCCAGCUGGUGGAGAGGACGUCGUUACACAAGACUCACACCUUGUUCUCCCUGCUGGGGCUCAGUCACGCUUAUGUGACCAGUAUCGGCAAACUGGUGGGAGUGGUGGCGCUGAAGGAGCUCCAGAAGGCCAUCGAGGGCUCCACCCGCUCCGGCGUCCGCCUCCGUCCUCCUCUCGCCAGCUUUCGGGACAUCAGCAAACACAAACCUGUCUCUAAACCUCCGUCCUCCUCUCCUUCUUCUCCUUCCUCUACCACGUCCACCUCCCCUCCCUCGGCUCCCGCUGCCCCCCCCCUGCCUCCUUCCUCCUCCUCCACGCCUCUCCCCCACCACCAGAGUGAGACGGAGGUGUGGAUCGAGGGGACGACGGGGGAGGCGGAGGAAACGAGCAGUGCAGGGAGCGGGGGGGUUUUCUGCACAGCCAGUCGGAGUUGCAGCUUCGACAGUAACCUCAGCCUCCCUCCCUCCUUCACUCCUCCCCCGGCGCCCUUCUCCUCCACUGCACCUCCUUCUCCCUCCUCCAUCCCUCUCUCCACCCCGAGGCCCCGUCAGGGACGCCUCGAUGGGGGGGAAGACAGCGAAGAUGAGCCGAUGGUUUAGAUUAGACGAGCUUGACUUUUUUUUAUAAAGAAUCUCUUUUUUAAUGGUUUGAGUUUUUUUCUUCUGUUCUUAAUUUGUUGCUCCGGUCGUUGGACUCUCACAUUUACCUCUUUUUACUGAUGCUGAUUCUCAUUUCACUGGACUUCACCUCCUCGUCCCUCCUCCUCCUCAUCCUCCUCCUCGUCCUCUCUGUCUUUCACCUGCUCUGUGUCUCUACCAUGUUUGAGACGUCCUCAUG